AUGGGGGGAAAGGUUGCGAAGCCGAAGUUCCAACCACUACAAUCAGUGACGUCGAGGAGUAAUAGUUACUAUAAACAAAAGGAACAACAAAAGACCGAGCAGAAUGUCGGUUCCGAUAGCAGAAACACAAUUUCUAAUGGCGAUGUGGCUCCCACCGGUUCUUCUUCUCCUUCCCUAAAAAAUGAUGAUCCGCGAGCACCUAAAAGGAAAUCUUUUGGCACUACAUCAUCUCCUCAUUCUCAUAGUGGUUUGCAAAAAGAAGAAAGAUGGGCAACCGUCACACCGGCUGCUGCUGCUGCCAUGCGUGAAACACAAAUUAAGAUAGAUUCAAAUGUAGAAUUAAUUUCGACUAUUUGCACUGAUGGAAACGAGGUAAAGUUGGAUACAACAAAUACUAGUGGAAGUCCCAAGACAAGCUCUAGGCGUGUAGCUUUUCUUCCAGAUAAAUAUGAAGAACCGGGGAAAGGUAAUAAAAAAUGUUCGCGAAAAGUUAGUUACAGAUCUAGUGAAGGAGAUAUUGUGAUUGUUAAGAGAGUUCCACAGGCCCUUUGCUCAGCAUUUACUGUUGCUGCAACUAUUGAUGAAAAUGAUCGUCAUAGUCCUGGAUUUGGUGAUAUUUUUGACGAUGAUAUUGAAUAUAUACUUGAUGAUGAUGAUGAUAGUAUUGAACAAAUUAAAGCUGAUAGUAAAGAUAGUGAUGAUGAAGCUAAUGACAGUAUUUGCAAGCAUUUUAGUUAUAAUGACUCUAAAAUGGCCACUGGGCGUCAAAGUGUAGCUACUUCUGGUGUUGCUCUUGGUGAUAGAAGUGUAGGUGGGACUAGGACUAGAUCUGGGACUGUUGACGGUGGUGGUGGUGGUCGUCGUCGUCGUAGUGGUUCUGUUGAAGCUUCCAAUACUCUCAAGAAUAGCAAUUCUAAGAGCAGAAAUGGAAAGACUUCUCCAGGUCGUUAUAUUACUUCUGCAAAGUUAAAUCAGUCAAGACUAAUAGGGACAAUGUCUUCACACAAAUGGAUUUAUCAGUGGCUUAAAGAGGUAGUGCUUCCAGAGGGACCAGACAUUGUACGAGUGGUGUGA